AUGGACAAAAGCUGGAUGCGUAUUAUCAACCGAUUUAGGUCAGCAGAAUAUAGGGAAGGGGUAUAUCAAUUCAUUACAAUGGCCCAUGUUCAUGCAACAACAAACAAUAUAAGGUGUCCUUGUCGUACCUGUCAUAAUAACUUUUUUCAUCCUAUUGACUUGGUGGAAAGACACUUGUUCACCAUAGGAAUUGAUGAAAACUACACUGAAUGGAUUUUUCAUGGUGAGGAAGAAUCCUGGGAUGCUAAUGAGUUUGAUGAUGAUGUCAAUGAAGUGCAAAGGGACGAGUACGUUGAUGACAUGGAUGAGAUGUUAGAUGACAUUAGACUUGGAUCAUUUCCAAAUGUGGAGCCAAUAGAACCUGGUACCAGUGAAGGUCCCACCUAUGAAGAGCCUAGACCAAAAAAUUUUGAUCAAUUAUUGGAAGAUGCCAGACGUCCACUCUAUCCAGGAUGUGCUAACUUCUCAAAGUUAUCAUUCAUUGUGAAGUUGUUGCAUAUAAGGACGAUUGGAGGGUGGACUGUUAAAUCAUUUGACAUGCUACUAAAGUUGUUGAAAGAUUCGUUCCCGGAUGCACUUUUGCCUGACUCAUACCGCGAGUCACGACGGAUGGAGCCGGCCCUUGGUUUUGGUUAUAUGAAGAUUGAUGUAUGUCCAAAUGAUUGUAUACUAUAUUGGAAGGAAAAUGCUGACAAGCAUGAUUGUCCCAAAUGUGGUAUGUCAAGAUGGGUAACACCCACAACUAAACAAAAAAAAAUCCCACACAAAGUACUUCGAUAUUUUCCGUUAAAACCAAGGUUGAAGAGGUUGUUUAUGUCGAAAAAAACAGCAGUAUCCAUGAGGUGGCACAAAGAACAUCGUGUUGAGGAUUCGAAUGUGAUGAGGCAUCCACGUGACUCAGUAGGGUGGAAGGAAUUUGAUCAAGAGCAUAUCUCAUUUGCGAGUGAUGCGAGAAACGUGCGCCUUGGUCUAGCCAGUGAUGGGUUCAACCCUUUUAAUAAUAUGAGCAAACCUUCUAGUGUAUGGCCAGUAAUACUUGUUCCUUACAACCUACCACCAUGGUUGUGCAUGAAAGACCAUUUCUUCAUGAUGUCUCUUUUAAUUCCUGGACCAAAGGCGCCGGGCAAUGAGAUUGAUGUGUAUUUGUGGCCUCUUAUUGAUGAAUUGGUUGAUUUGUGGGAAAAUGGUGUUGAUACGUAUGAUGCAUCAACAAAACAAAUGUUUCAAUUACAUGCAGCUUUGUUGUGGACGAUUAAUGACUUUCCUGCAUAUGGAAAUCUAUCUGGCUGGAGCACGAAGGGAAAAUUGGCAUGCCCUACUUGUAAUGGUGACACAGACUCUUUGUGGUUGAAAUAUGGUCGAAAGCAUUGUUACAUGGGUCAUCGUCGUUUCCUAUCUCCAGAACAUAGUUGGAGGAGGAAAAAGACUAAUUUUAAUGGCAAUAAUGAUCACCGCAUGCCACCUUGUGAAUUAUCUGGCCACGAUGUCCUGGAUCAACUAAAUAAUGUUGGAGAUAUAUUAUUUGGCAAAGGUGGAAGGAAGAGAAAGCGACGACCUGAUGAACUUAAUUGGACAAAAACAAGUAUCUUUUUCCAAUUACCUUACUGGUCAACAUUGAAACUUCGACAUAAUCUUGACGUCAUGCAUAUUGAGAAGAACAUCUGUGACAACGUCUUGGGAACUUUGAUGAGUAUUCCAGGCAAAACAAAAGAUUCUGUUAAUGCACGCAAGGACUUGAUGAUUCUUGGUAUAAAGAAGGAAUUACAUUUACAAGAACAUGGACAACGUCUUGUUAUGCCACCUGCAUGUUACACGUUACAAGGGGAUGAGAGGAAAGGCUUUUUCGAGUGGUUACAAGCUGUGAAAUUCCCAGAUGGAUUUGCUGGGAAUAUUACUCGAUGUGUUACAUUAAAUGGUUGUAAAAUAUCAGGAAUGAAGAGUCAUGACUGUCAUAUUUUUCUACAAAGACUACUUCCUGUUGCUAUUGCCGGGUACCUAAGACCUGACAUUCGCUUGGCUUUGACUGAGUUAAGCAUAUUUUUUAGACAGUUGUGCACACGCACAUUGUCUAUAGAUGUCUUGAACCGUCUUGAGAUUGAUAUUCCAAUCAUCCUUUGCAAACUUGAAAUGAUACUCCCUCCUGCAUUCUUUGAUGUAAUGAUGCACCUAGCUAUUCAUCUACCACGUGAGGCAUUGUAUGGAGGGCCUGUACAGUAUAGGUGGAUGUAUCCAUUUGAAAGGUAUUUAGGAAAAUUUAAGCAUUAUGUCCGAAACAAAGCCCGUGCUAAAGGCUCGAUUGCUGAGGCAUACAUUCACACAGAAUGCUUGUCAUUUUGCUCGAUGUAUCUCCAUGAUGUCGAGACUAGAUUUGAUCGAGAAGAAAGAAAUGUAGAUGUUUGUGAAGGACGUCAACAAUGUGAAUUUUCGAUAUUCACACAAAAGAUUAGGCAACUACGUAAUUCUAGUCCCGAAGAGGUGUCCGAUGAUCUGUACGCGCUAGCAUGUGGACCUGACCCAUGGGUUUCAUCAUAUACUGGUUGCAUUAUGAAUGGAACUAGGUUCCACACAGCACAACGUGAAGAACAUCGUCUUACACAAAACAGUGGUGUGCUUGUUCCUGGGGACCAUCAAGGUAGGCCUAUUGAGUACUACGGAGUUCUAAUGGACAUUAUUGUACUUAACUACCUAGGAUGGCGCCAUGUAUAUUUGUUCAAAUGUGAUUGGUUUGAUGUAUGUGAUAUGCGAAGAGGAGUUCGUGUUGGUAAUCACUUUACAAGUGUCGACUCAACUAGGAAAUCUUACAAGGAAGAGCCUUUUGUACUUGCAUGCCAAGCGUCACAAGUAUUUUAUCUCAAAGAUACGAGUUUAGGGAGAAAUUGGCUAGUGGUACAGAAGGUAACCACUAGGAAUGUUUAUGACAUUCCCAGCACAACAGUUGGGGAUGAGGAUGAGGAUCACUUGAUUGAGGAUGAAGCGUACCAGGAUGAAGAAUUUUCUCCACCAGCCCAUUUUGUAAUGGAAGAUGAUACAUGUCUAGAUAUGCCUUUGCAUCGAAACGAUAUAGACCCGAUUUUAGUUGAUGAUAUAGUCAUAUUAGACCACCCCGAUCCAAGAGUUGAGGAAGAUGAGUUUCUUAGUAACUACUCAUCGGAGGAUGACAGUGAUUGGAAUAGUGACAACACUGCAGAUUCAAGCGGAGAGGAUGGUCAUAGUGAUCAUGAAAACUUACUCUAA